CCGAAAGCAGAGCAGCUGAGCUAAAAAUCCCAAAAACCUUGAGAGAGAGCAGAGAACAAUGAGCAAAAUCGAGAGCUUUGAUGAUUUCGUGAAAGUACAUGGAAUACUAUUGGCAGCUUCGGGUUUGCCGUCGAAACUUUACCCACGUCUCUUCCACAAACUUGCUUCCGAUACUUUUGAUGGCGGCGAUUACUUCCAAAUCGAAUCCUCCGAGGAUGAUCGCCGGCGGAGGCUUCUCCUCACUUCCCAAUCUAUGCCUAAAGAUUCUGACGUCUUCCUUGUUGAUCACGCCUGGACUUUUCGUCUUCCCGAUGCCUAUAAGCAGCUUAAGGAAAUUCCGGGAUUGGCUGAGAGGAUGGCUUCUUUGAUGAGUGUUGACAUUGAUGUGGAGGCUGAAGAAGAGGAAGUGGCAGAGGAACUCCCUGUUGAUCAGAUAAUACACAAUGAAAUUCGUUAUGCAGCAGAUAAAGGAUAUGAAUCUUUAAGAUGGUUGGAGUUGGAGGGUCUUGGAAUUGUUGAUGACUCAUUGCUCUCCCUGCAUUUGCCUAGUCAAUUUCAGGAUUUAGUGGCGCUUAGUCUUAUCUGGAAUAAAAUCGAGAGUGCGGAUGUGGUUAUACAAGAGGUUAUCAAGUUUAAGAAUCUGAAGGCUUUGUGGCUGAAUGACAAUCCUGUUCUUCAUAAGAGUGAACAUCAGAUGACUGACGAAAUACUGCAAGGCUGUCCGAGUCUUGAAAUCUACAACUCGUGUUUUACCCCUAAUUAUGGGUUAUGGGCACUUGGUUUCUGUGGAGAUAUCUUUGGGAAGGAUAAUCCUGGUUGUGUUCAGCAGGAUCACCCCUUGUGCAACGUCACCUCACUUGACCUUUCAAACCGGUCAAUACACAAUCUAGUCAAUAAGGCAUUCUCUGUGCAAGAGAUGCCAUUACUGUCUCAUUUAAAUAUCCGUGGAAACCCAUUGGAUCAGAAUUCUGUUGGAGAACUACUUGAAGUCUUAAAGCUCUUCCCUUCACUGUCUUCCUUAGAAGUUGACAUACCUGGACCGCUUGGAAACAAUACUCUAGAGAUUCUUGAAUCGCUCUCAAACCUUUCUUUGUUAAAUGGUGUUGAUACAGCUAUAAUAUUUGAAAAUGGAAAGCAUGUUAUUGACUCAAUGCUUCAACCACGCAUUCCUGAGCCGAAUCCUGAGGCUACUCUUGUUGACCGUGUUCUUGAUGCAAUGUGGUUGUAUGCACUGAAUUAUCGCCUUGCGGAUGAGGAAAAGCUUGAUGAAACUUCUUUGUGGUAUGUGAUGGAUGAAUUGGGUUCAGCUUUGAGGCAUAGCGAUGAACCCAAUUUCAAAGUGGCUCCAUUCCUUUUCAUGCCUUCUGGAAAACUAGAGUCUGCUGUGAGCUAUUCGGUGAUGUGGCCUAUAAAAAAUUCUCAAAAAGGUAAUGAGUGCACUCGUGAUUUUCUAUCUGGUAUUGGGGAGGACAAACAGCGAUCUGCCAGGCUCACAGCCUGGUUUCAAACUCCUGAGAACUAUUUUAUUCAUGAAUUUGAGAAAUACCAACAAAAACUGCAGGCUAAAGCUUUCGAGUCAUUACCUUCCAACCCUUCAGUUUCCCGAAGCAUACAGCAUAGUGAUGGGUCUCCUUUACUGGUUUACACGGAUCUACCUCAAGUUGAAGAAUUUCUGACACGCCCAGAAUUUGUGAUCACAAAUGAACCAAAAGAUGCAGACAUAUUAUGGACGAGUGUACAGGUGGAUGAGGAGCUCAAAAAAGAGGUGGGAAUAACAGAUGACCAAUACCUAAAUCAGUUUCCCUUUGAGGCUUGUCUUGUUAUGAAGCAUCAUCUUGCGGAGACUAUUCAAAUGGGUUAUGGAUCUCCAAAAUGGUUACAGCCUACUUAUAAUCUUGAAACACAAUUGUCCCAGUUUAUUGGGGACUAUUGUGUCCGUAAACGUGAUCAAUUGAACAAUUUGUGGAUCUUGAAACCAUGGAACAUGGCACGGACAAUCGACACAAGUAUAACCGAUAAUUUAUCUGCCAUCAUCCGCAUGAUGGAAACUGGUCCCAAGAUCUGCCAGAAGUACAUCGAGCACCCUGCUUUGUUCAAGGGGAAAAAGUUUGAUCUGCGAUACGUUGUCCUAGUUCGGAGUAUUGACCCGCUGGAGAUUUACCUAACAGAGAUAUUUUGGGUUAGGUUGUCGAACAGCCCAUAUUCAUUGGAAAAGCACAGUUUCUUUGAAUAUGAAACUCACUUCACUGUCAUGAACUAUGGUGGUCGGAAAUUGAAUCACAAGCCCACGGCAGAGUUUGUGAAAGAAUUUGAACAAGAACAUAAUGUUAAAUGGAUGGAUAUCCAUGAGAAGGUGAAGCAAGUGAUACGGGCAGUGUUUAAGGCGGCAGCUCUCACGCAUCCAGAGAUGCAAUCCCCCAAAUCUAGAGCAAUGUACGGAGUAGAUGUAAUGCUAGAUAGCUCCUUCGAGCCAAAAAUUUUGGAGGUUACAUACUGUCCUGAUUGCAUGCGGGCUUGCAAAUACGACAUGGAAACCAUAGAUGGAAAAGCUAUUGUUAGAGGCGGAGAUUUCUUCAAUUAUGUAUUCGGGUGCCUCUUCUUAGACGAGACCGCGCACGUUACUCCCUUGUGAGCUCAAUAGCCAGAGAGAAGAUGGAUGGUUUAGUUCCAAACUAGAAUGUUUUAUUUAUAAACAUGUCUUUUGUCA